AUGAGUUCUCCGUCGAUCGUCUCCGAGCCGAAGCCCCCCGUCACAAUGUUUCCGACUGGAAGCAAUCAGAAGACGGACGUGACAAGCGGUGAAGUCAUCGACAACUCGGAGCACCUGCAGCGGCACCUCACACCUCGCCAGGUUCAGUUCGUUGCCAUCGGCGGCUCGAUCGGCACCGCCCUGUUCGUUAGCAUCGGUUACGGCCUGAUGCGCGGUGCCGGUAGUCUCCUUGUCGCGUUCGUCCUCCACGCGUUGGUGAUCGCUCAGGUCAACAACUCGCUGGCCGAGAUGACCGUCUUCAUGCCUGUCAGCGCGGCCUUCAUCCACCACGCCGGUGCCUGGGUCGACAGCGCCUGGGGGUUCAUGAUCGGCUGGAACUUCUUCCUCUUUGAAGCGCUUCUCAUCCCCUUCGAAAUCACUGCGCUGGACAUGGUCUUGACUUUCUGGAGGGACGACAUUCCCUCCGCUGCCGUCAUCACUGUGUGCAUCGUUCUCUACGCUCUUUGCAACGCCCUUAUAGUCAAGUAUUUCGGGGAGACCGAGUUCUGGCUGGCGGGAGGCAAGCUCUUGCUGAUCGCGAUUCUGUUCUGUUUUACCUUUAUUACGAUGGUGGGAGGUAACCCACAGCGAGAUGCAUAUGGAUUCCGCAAUUGGUCAAAGCCGGCACCCUUUGUAGAGUACAUCGAUAAAGGCGGCCUGGGUCGUUUCCACGGAUUCCUUGCCGCGCUGUGGCAGGCCGCCUUCACCAUCGUCGGUCCCGAGUACCUGGCCACGGUCGCUGGCGAGGCCCAGAACCCGAGGAAGACGAUGAAGGCCGCGUUCAAAUCGGUCUACUGGCGCUUCGCCAUCUUCUUCAUCGGCGGGGCGCUCUGCGUCGGCAUCGUCCUCCCCGCAGACGACCCGACGCUGCUGAGCGUGCUGAGCGCCGGCGACACGGGCACCGGCGCGGCUUCUCCGUUUGUCAUCGCGAUGAAAAACAUGGGCAUAGGGGGCUUGCCUCACCUGGUAAAUGCCCUCCUGCUGACCAGCAUUUACUCGGCUGGGAAUGCCUAUGUUUACUGCUCGUCUCGAAGCCUUUACGGGCUGGCGUUGAACGGCCAUGCGCCCAAAUUUCUUACGAAGUGCACCAAGCAAGGCGUGCCCAUCUAUUGCCUGUUCGUCGCGCUGUCAUUCGCAUGCCUCUCGUUUUUAAAAUUGGGCAGUGGUUCCGUGGUGGUGUUGACAUGGCUUACCAACCUCAUCACCGGUGGAACUCUGGUGACCUACAUCGUCAUCUGUGUCAACUACCUCUUCUUCUUCCGAGCGCUUAAAAUCCAGAACUUCAGUCGGGCCGACCUUCCGUACCGCGGUUACCUUCAACCCUACGGAACUUGGAUCGCCCUCGCAUGGCUUGUGGCGGUGGAGAUAUUCUACGGUUAUGCCAUCUUCCUGCCUGGGCGAUGGGACACGGGCACGUUCUUCAGCAACUACACAAUGGCCAUCAUUGCAGUCUGCCUCUUCUGCGGGUGGAAGGCUUUCAGGCGCACGCGUUUUGUCAAGCCAGAAGACGCCGAUCUGGUGGGGAUCCGCCCGGCGUUGGAGGAACACGAGGCGGCGAUGGCAAUGUCGAUGGCGAUCAACGAAGACAACAAAGUGGGACUCCGCAGGCGAUUAGCGCAGGUGGUGAGAGCCAACUUGAGUAGGGGUCGUCCGUUAUGGAGCUCUCGGGGUUGAAUUUACCACUGCCUAGGUCGGAGGGAGUCCACUUUUGAGUCUGUAUUGCUCACUCCAUAU